AUGUGGAAUAAUAUCAAGGCGUACUAUGACAAGGAAGGCUUUGAUUAUUCUAAUGGUUUCGGCAAACCGACAGAUUUUCAUACGACUUUCUAUUUUAUAUUGCGAUGCUUUCAGGUCAUAGAUGAACCUUAUCCUAAGUAUAGCUACUUCACCAAAACGUACACUAUGGUUUGCGGCAUAGGAGUUUUUACUGAUGCUUACCUGUCCCUUUAUCAUGGUAUAGCUAUGAUGGAUGUGUUUCUGAUAACUGAAGCCGGGACCUACGCCAUACUUCUGUCAUACAAGGCGAUGAUCAUGGCGUCAACUUGGAUAAACAAGAAGAAUUUCUUUCAUCUAUUGCACGCAAUGAGAGAGGAUUUUCAGUACAUCAAUACAAAGGAUAUACGAUAUAAAAAACUUUUCUUUGAAAUCCAUCAAAAUACCUGGCGAGCCAGCCUAUGGUGCUGUUUCUUCAUGUUCGCUUUGUGUACUGGCCUGGUGGGCUUCGCGUGUAUAUCUCUCAUUUGGUACUACGCCACACAUACUCCAGGAGACGGCAGAGUGAGGGAACUGGUCUUCCCCUUCUGGGCGCCCGGCAUUGACUACACAGCAACUCCAGCUUUUGAACUAGCCUUUGUGUUUGCCAACUUGGGUGUUGCGGCAUAUUCUUUUCAUUAUUUAUUUAUUCUUCAAACAGACAUUGUGUGGAUAAGGCAAAUUGCUUCAAAAGCAGAAAUGAUAAUACUAAACAUCAAAGAUCUAUUAGAAGGCAUAAAGCCAGCAGAGACUAAGGAAGAAGAGGAACGCUACUCCGCUAUGAUUAAAUUUCGAAUGAGGGAGAUAAUAUCCCAGUCACAAUCUAUGUAUCUUUUGAUUGACCAUUACGCGGCUGUUUACAAGAAAAUGUUGAUGUUCGAGCAAUUCUUUGCCAGCCCUACGAUUUGCAUGCUAGCAUACUGCGCGGCAGAGAAACUCGAUCAGGGUGAGAUCCAGGCGAUAAUGAUGCUGCUGUGUGUAGGUGCAUCAAUAACGUUGUACAUACCUUGUUAUCUAUGCACAUUUCUCAGAAGCAAGAUUAGCGCAGUAAGUGACGCUUGCUGGGAAAUCCCGUUCUGGAAUGGCCCUGGGCGCACAAUCAGACCAUAUCUGAUAUUGAUCAUGCAGAGGUGCCUAAGACCACUUCCUUUCCAAGCCCCUGGUUUCCAAGAGGUGUCAAUCAAAACCUUUUCAAGUAAAAUGACAUCUGCAUACUCUCUUUUCAAUAUGUUGAGACAAUCAGACUUUGAAUUUUAAAGUUUAUCUUAACAAUAAGAUAAUGUUUAAUUGGUUUUUAUUGUUUCA